UCUGGUUUAAAAUACCCGACUUAAUAUUCGUUCAAAAUCGAUAAUCAUAAAUAGCAAAAUAAUAUUCUUAUUUGAGUAAUGUUAAGUAACAUUUUGGCAUUGAAUCAUUUUAAUUAGUUAUAAGACCUUGGUUAUGUUCCAUUAGAAAUAUGGCGUUGUUUGGCACUGCGCUGUCAGUUGCUGUAUCAAUCGUUUUACCACCGUUUCUAAUGUUUAUCUUAUCUAUAUUGUUCCUAGCAUCUAUUGGAAAAUCUCUCGGAGUCCGAAGAUUAUAUAUCAGUGUCUUAUUAAAAAUAUUUGAAUAUGGAAGACUUAACAUCGAAACGGCCCGCAAACAAAAUCGGGAGGAAUACAGGGCCCAGCACGUAGAUUUAGAUAUUAGUGAGUGCACAGAAUCUGCAGUAGGCUGUGAUCAGAAUAAUAAGCAAGAGAAUGGUCAACUUGCCAAUGGGAAUACUUUUAUCAGUCGGGAUUUUAUGUUAGUACCCGACACUGAGGAGGAUAAUCUAAGUUCACAUGAUGAAAAAGAAGUCAAAGAUACAGUAGAGGUUGAAGAAGCUUCAGAAGUAUUUGACUUCAAUUUAUCCAAUUGCCUAGACUACAUAAAAUCAGGCAUUGAGUGCAUAAUUGAGGAUCAAGUUACCUCGCGUUUUGAAACCGAAGAGCUCAAAAAUUGGAACCUCCUGACCAGAACAAACCGUCAAUAUGAAUUCAUAUCUUGGAGACUCACUUUUAUUUGGAUAAUAGGUUUUUUUAUGCGUUAUUGUUUCUUGCUUCCAAUAAGAAUUUUAAUAUGUUUCUUCGGAGUUAUGUGGUUGACAAUAUGCACGGCAAUUGUAGGAUAUUUUCCAGAAGGACCUCUCAAACGGUGGUUAGUGCAUCAUGUAUCAAUAAUGUGUUUUGGUGUUCUUUCGGGAGCUCUGUCAGCAGUUGUUACAUAUCAUAACAUUGAAAAUAAACCCAAAAAUGGCAUUUGUGUAGCAAAUCAUACAAGUCCAAUAGAUGCUCUUGUUCUCAUGUGUGAUAAUUGCUAUUCUCUAAUUGGGCAGAGACAUGAUGGUUUCCUAGGUAUACUGCAAAGGGCACUGGCUAGGGCAUCACCUCACAUUUGGUUCGAACGCUCUGAAGUCAAAGAUCGAACUGCCGUCACUAACAGACUUCGGCAGCAUAUCUCUGAUCCAAAUAAUCCACCAAUAUUAAUAUUUCCAGAAGGAACAUGUAUCAAUAAUACUUCGGUAAUGCAGUUUAAAAAAGGCUCAUUUGAAGUGGGAGGAGUAAUUUAUCCUGUAGCCAUCAAAUAUGAUCCAAAGUUUGGAGAUGCUUUUUGGAACAGUUCAAAGUAUUCAAUGAUGCAUUAUCUAUACAUGAUGAUGUCUUCAUGGGCGAUUGUAUGUGAUGUUUGGUACUUACCUCCAAUGUUUAGAGAAGAAAAAGAGAGUUCAAUAGACUUUGCAAAUCGUGUGAAAGCAGUGAUAGCCAAACAAGGAGGAUUGGUUGAUUUGGUUUGGGAUGGUCAGCUUAAAAGAAUGAAACCGAAGAAAGAAUGGAGGGAAAAACAACAAGCAAUAUUCAGUAAAAGGCUCAAAGGCGAAUAAUACUCAUAAAUUAUAGGAAAUAAUAAAAUGGCAUUGGUACUUAUUGUAAAUAUUCAUUGAUUUAUCACCUAAAGAUCUCAAUACUGAUCUGAUUGUCCAAAAUACUUCAAUGUGGUGUAUAUUAAUUAGUAAGACUUGAAAGUGACUAUGAACUAAGUUUAGUCAUGCGACUAAUGUGUCUACAUUAUAUAUUUGAAUGAAUCUCCUGUAUUAUUGAAUA